GCAAACGAACGAAGAAGCAAAAUCAAUGGCGAACACGGAAGCAGAAGAGAAACCGGUGAUGAUCGUGGGAAUCGACGACAGCGAUCACAGUUUUUACGCACUUGAAUGGACUCUGGAUCACUUUCUAGCAUCUUCUGCUCCCAACACUCCCUUCAAGCUAAUCGUUGUUCAUUCCAAACCUUCUCCUACUUCCGCUAUAGGUUUCGCCGGUCCUGGUGCGGCUGAUGUGUAUCCGUUUGUUGAUUCGGAUUUGAAGAAGAUUGCUGCGAGAGUAGUGGAAAAGGCGAAGGAGCUCUGUCAUUCGAAAUCGGUGGAUGACGUGCUUGUUGAAGUUGUGGAAGGUGAUGCUAGGAAUGUUCUAUGUGAAGCUGUAGAGACGCACCAUGCUAGGCGAAGCUUGGGGGGUCGAUUUUUCCCAAUUCCGCGGGGGCGAAAACGUAUAUACCUAAAAAUUUCUAUACGAAGGUACUGUUCAUAACACUACGCCCCCUCCCGCCCCAAGGAAGCUGCGCCCAUGGUUGGUAGCCACGGUUAUGGAGCAAUCAAAAGGGAUGCAGAUUGGUGGAGGUGUUAAUAAAAUUUGAUAGUUUUCCCCCACGAACUGAAUCUAAAUCGGAAAAAUGAAUUCUGUUUCGUGUUCUGCAAGAUCAGUUGUUGCAGAGAAUGCGUCUGGAGCUUCAUUCGUGCUUCAAUGGCUGACCUUCAUCUUCCUCUCUCCAUGCCCGCAACGGGCACUUUUAUCCGCCAUUGAUGUCAUAUUCUUGCUUACCCUACUUGUGUUUGCUAUUCAAAAGCUUUCUUCCAGAUUCGGUUCUCGCAACAAUGGCGUUGAGGAACCACUUAUUGCCAAAAGAAGUGGUGUCACUACCGGUUAUCGGUUCAAGUUCUCUGUUGUUGUGACAGCUGUGUUAACAGUUUGUUAUACGGUAGCGUCGGUGAUAGCGUUCACAGGAGAAACCGAGAAGCAAUGGAAGCUGAUAGAUGGAAUCUGUUGGUUGUUUCAAGCUUUAUCUUUCUUAGUAAUUAUGGUUUUAAUCAUCCAUGAAAAGAGAUUUAAAGCUGUUACUCAUCCACUGUCUUUAAGGGUAUUUUGGGUAGUUAAUUUCAUAGUCAUUGCUUUGUUGGCUUCUUCCGGUAUCGUCCGAUUAGUUUCCGGUGCCGGAGAUGAUCCGCCUUUCAAAUCCGACGACAUAAUUUCGUUAGUAUCUAUACCGUUUUCGGUUUUCCUGGUAAUUGUAUCCAUAACUGGAUCAACUGGGAUCUUAGUGACGUCAGAAUCUGAACCACUAAAUGGUAAUGGUAAUGCUAAUGGAAAUGGUGAAGUAUCGAAGGAUUACGAGUUGAACAAAUCAUCAAGCGUGAGCGGGUGGGCAUCGGCUUCGAUCCUUUCGAAAGUGUUCUGGCUGUGGAUGAACCCGUUGUUGAAGAAAGGGUAUAAAAACCCUUUGAAACUAGAGGACAUACCGACGCUUUCGCCUGAGCAUAGGGCGGAGAAAAUGUCAAAGCUUUUUGAGGAGAAUUGGCCUAAACCUCACGAGAACUCGAAGCAUCCUGUUCGACUGACGUUAAUUCGUUGUUUCUGGAAACAUAUCGUGUUCACGGCGCUCCUUGCGAUCAUUAGGUUGUGUGUUAUGUAUGUUGGGCCGUUGUUGAUCCAACGGUUCGUAGACUUCACUUCCGGGAAAAGCACUUCGCCAUACGAAGGGUAUUACUUGAUACUAAUCCUUCUUGUUGCAAAGUUUAUUGAAGUGUUGUCAUCCCACCAGUUCAAUUUCAAUUCCCAGAAGCUUGGAAUGUUGAUCCGGUCGACACUGAUAACGUCGUUAUACAAAAAGGGGCUGCGGCUGUCCUGUUCGGCUCGACAAUCACACGGUGUGGGACAGAUAGUGAACUACAUGGCGGUAGAUGCUCAACAACUUGGUGAUAUGAUGCUUCAAUUGCAUGCUAUUUGGCUUAUGCCGGUUCAAGUGUCGGUAGCAUUAGCUAUACUGUACACGUACCUCGGCGUGCCAUCUUUGGUGGCGUUGGCCGGGAUAUUAGCGGUUCUGUUGUAUGUGAUUUUCGGUACUAAAAGGAACAACAAGUUUCAGUUUAACAUAAUGAAAAACCGUGAUUCGAGGAUGAAAGCCACCAAUGAGAUGCUUAAUUACAUGAGGGUGAUCAAGUUCCAAGCAUGGGAAGAACACUUCAACAAGAGGAUUCAAGCGUUUCGCGAGUCUGAAUACGCGUGGCUUACCAAAUUCAUGUUUUCAAUCGGUGGAAACUUGAUUGUUUUAUGGAGCGCGCCUUUGUUUGUCUCCUCGCUCACUUUUGGAAGUGCGAUUUUGCUCGGGAUCCCACUUGAUGCCGGGACAGUGUUCACCGCCACAUCAUUGUUCAAGAACUUGCAAGAGCCUAUUCGUACGUUCCCUCAAUCCAUGAUCUCCCUUUCUCAAGCCAUGAUCUCGUUAGGAAGAUUGGAUGCCUUCAUGUUGAGUAAGGAGCUCGAUGAGGAAGCGGUGGAGCGGCAGGAGGGUUGUAGUGGCAGCACGGCGGUUGAGGUCAGAGAUGGGUCUUUUAGCUGGGAUGAUGAAGCCGCUGAUGGUGCCGUCGUCAAGAAUUUGAGCUUUGAGAUCAAGAAAGGUGAACUUGCGGCAAUUGUUGGAACCGUGGGGUCCGGGAAGUCAUCUCUUCUAUCAUCCGUUAUUGGCGAAAUGCACAAAAUCUCCGGAAAGGUGAGAGUAUGUGGGAGCACUGCAUACGUUGCACAAACAGCAUGGAUACAAAACGGGACGAUUCAAGAGAACAUUUUGUUCGGUUUGCCAAUGGAUAGACGGAAGUACAAAGAAGUGAUCAAGAACUGUUGCUUGGAGAAAGACUUGGAAAUGAUGGAAUUUGGAGAUCAAACAGAGAUCGGCGAGCGGGGGAUUAACCUCAGCGGCGGCCAGAAACAGAGGAUCCAACUCGCCCGAGCGGUUUAUCAAGAUUGCGACAUUUAUCUUCUUGAUGAUGUCUUUAGCGCCGUUGACGCUCACACGGGUUCCGAAAUAUUUAAGGAGUGUGUGAGGGGGGCUCUAAGAAAUAAAACGAUCUUACUCGUCACGCACCAAGUUGAUUUCCUCCAUAAUGUCGAUCUUAUCCUCGUGAUGCGAGAUGGGAUGCUUGUUCAAUCAGGAAAGUAUGACGAACUAUUAGAAUCCGGUUUGGAUUUCAAAAAUUUAGUUUCCGCUCACGAGACCUCCAUGCAGCUAGUUGAAAUGGAACCUACCGCAUCGGAUAGCCCCUCCCCUAGACCUCUUCAGAAAUCUCCUAGCCUAAACCCUCGGGAAGAAGAUCAAAAGGCGUUAGAACGAUCGAAAUCUAGUUCUAUAAUCGGCACAUCAAAGCUAAUUGAAGAAGAAGAGAGGGAAACCGGAAGAAUCAGCUUAGGUGUUUAUAAGGUUUAUGUCACCGAGGCCUUCGGAUGGUGGGGUGUGAUUGCUGUUAUGACUUUUUCAAUCUUGUGGCAAGGAUCACAGAUGGCGAGUGAUUACUGGUUGGCGUACGAAACCUCUAAUGAACGCGCUUUCAACCCUUCGUUGUUUAUAGAAGUGUAUACAGCUAUAGCUGGUCUUUCAUUGGUUUUGGUAUGCGGUAGAAUUGUUUCUUCGACGUUUCUCGGACUUAAAACUUCCCAGAUAUUCUUUAAGCAGAUUCUUUACAGCAUCCUUCACGCUCCAAUGUCGUUUUUCGACACUACACCUUCCGGAAGAAUUCUUAGCAGGGCAUCAAGUGAUCAAACGAACCUCGAUGUCUUCCUUCCGUUCAUGAUGAACUUGACUCUUGCGAUGUUCAUAACGGUGUUUGGCAUUAUCAUCAUCACUUGUCAGUAUGCGUGGCCGACGGUUUUCCUAUUGAUUCCUCUUGGUUAUCUCAAUUUUUGGUUUCGGGGAUACUAUCUUGCAACAUCUCGAGAAAUAACACGACUGGACUCGAUUACAAAAGCACCCGUUAUUCACCAUUUCUCAGAGAGUAUCUCGGGUGUUAUGACAAUUCGGUGCUUUAGGAAGCAAGACAGGUUUGUUCAAGAAAACGUUGAUCGCGUGAAUGGAAACCUGAGAAUGGAUUUCCAUAAUAACGGAUCCAACGGGUGGUUAGGUUUCCGUUUGGAGUUUCUCGGUAGCUUAUUUCUGUGUGCUUCCACCGUGUUCAUGAUCAUCUUGCCUAGCAGCAUUGUUAAACCAGAGAAUGUUGGAUUAUCACUCUCGUAUGGAUUGUCACUCAACGGCGUGUUGUUUUGGGCUUUAUACAUGAGCUGUUUUGUUGAAAACCGAAUGGUUUCUGUUGAAAGGAUUAAACAGUUCACCAACAUACCCUCAGAAGCCGAAUGGGUGAAAAAAGAUAACCCCCCUCCUUCAAACUGGCCUUCUCAUGGUAACGUAGAACUCAAAGAUGUACAGGUGAGGUAUCGUUCCAACACGCCUCUAGUUAUUAAAGGGAUUACGCUAACCAUUAAAGGCGGUGAAAAGAUCGGUGUUGUUGGUAGAACCGGUGGUGGGAAGUCAACUUUGAUCCAGGUUCUGUUUCGGUUGGUCGAGCCAUCUGGCGGAAGUAUAACCAUCGAUGGCAUCAACAUCUCGACUCUCGGAUUACACGAUCUCAGGUCACGGUUCGGGAUCAUUCCUCAAGAACCGAUCCUAUUUGAAGGCACAGUGCGAAGCAAUAUCGACCCCAUCGGUCAACAUUCUGAUGAAGAAAUCUGGAGGAGUCUUGAACGAUGCCAGCUUAAUGAUGUUGUAGCGGCAAAACCUGGAAAAUUGGAUUCGGCAGUUGUCGAUAAUGGCGAUAACUGGAGUGUGGGACAACGACAACUUCUUUGUUUGGGAAGAGUGAUGCUGAAGCACAGCAAGUUGUUGUUCAUGGACGAAGCAACGGCUUCGGUUGAUUCACAAACAGAUGCGGUAAUUCAGAGAAUCAUACGCGAGGACUUUGCGGACUGUACCAUCAUUAGCAUUGCUCACAGAAUACCAACUGUCAUGGACUGUGAUCGCGUUCUAGUCAUCGAUGCUGGUUACGCGAAAGAAUUUGAUAAACCUUCACGGUUGAUAGAGAGACCUUCGCUGUUUGGAGCUUUGGUUCAGGAGUAUGCGAACCGGUCAUCUGGUUUAUAAACAGUUGGAAUUAAAUGAAAUCAUAAGGUGUUGAAAGCUUGUGAUUGGCAGUUUUGAUGAUGAAAGAAGAAAUCUCAUUUUAUGGGAUUAUAUGGUAUAAUUAAGUUAUUUUAAGAAGGCUUAAUAACUUGUAUUAUAAAUCAAAUUUAUAAAUCAAAUUUGACAUUCUACUCUUUCAGUUCCAGCAUAUGUUAGGUCAGUGCAGUGUGUGCAUCCCACACUUUCUAACUUGUAUUAUAAAGUGAUAAAAAUAAUAUCACCAAACAGUAUAAAUAUGGUCAUGUGCACCAUGUGAGUUGGUUGGUUU